GACGACUCUCCUGAACCGCUCUAGAAACAUCUCUGCACCCCUCGGGUUUUACCAUACAGUCUAUGGGUUUUACACAUAGACUGGUUUUACACUGGGUUUUUAGCCUUUAAACCUUGACGACAAUGUCUGUCUUUAAAGACACGUGUUUAUAGCGUCUAAACACACUCGAUGAAGUAGAAGCAAUAUAAGCAUGUUUUCUUCUUUCUGACAAACUUCCCUGAAGCAUGGAGAGCUCAGAGUCUGGCCCAUCAUCGGGGCCCCUUGCAGCGCCGGACAGAGGCACGGAGCAACCCUCAGCAUCCCAUAAUCAGCCCUCCAAGCACCGGGAGCACCCGCCCAAGUCACCAAGGAGACGGCAUAAGGGGACGAGGUCGCAGCAAUGGGGGGUCGGUCAUGAACAGCUGCUGUGGGAGAGUGAGCGGCUGAGGUUGCCGGGCCAACAGGAGCACCUGGAGCCCUCUGGCUCGGCGAGCGACACAGCGGAAAGCUCUCCUAAGAGGAGAGCCCACUUUCUACAUGGACCGUAUCCAGCCACUCACUUCGGACCCAAAGCCUGUAUUCUUCCCAACCCAACUUCAGUCAUGCACAUCCAGGACCCGGCCAGCCAGCGGCUCACCUGGAACAAACCUCCUGUCAACGUUCUUGUCAUCAGGAAAAUCAGAGAUGAGAGCCUCGUCGAGCCUUUCAAAGAGCUCUGCAGGUUUCUAGUGGAGGAGAAACAGAUGAUGGUGUACGUGGAGCGCAGAGUAGCAGACGACGCUACGCUGUCGAAGGACGAGGCGUUCGGAUCCAUCCGCAACCAGCUCUGCACCUUCAGAGAGGGUUACGAUGAUAUCUCUGACUGCAUCGACCUGAUCAUCUGCCUGGGUGGAGACGGGACUCUGCUCUACGCCUCCUCUCUCUUCCAGGGCAGCGUGCCUCCGGUCAUGGCGUUCCACCUCGGCUCUCUGGGUUUCCUGACGCCCUUCAAAUUCGAGUCGUACAAGACGGAAGUGGCCAAAGUGUUUGAAGGCAAUGCAGCCAUCACUCUGCGCAGCCGUCUGAAGGUGAAGGUGGUGAAGGACAUGCUCCAGAGGACGGGCCAGCAGCCGAGCAGCAGAGAGACGCAGCAGCAGGAACACAACGGACUGUUCCCUCACACACACACCAACAGCGAGGCCGGAAAGGUCACCCUGCAGCUCCAGGUGUUGAAUGAGGUGGUGGUGGACCGAGGCCCCUCCUCCUACCUCUCCAAUGUGGACUUGUACCUGGACGGUCGCCUCAUCACCUCGGUGCAGGGAGACGGUGUGAUCGUGUCCACGCCCACCGGCAGCACAGCCUAUGCAGCCGCAGCCGGAGCCUCCAUGAUCCACCCCAACGUCCCCGCCAUCAUGGUGACCCCCAUCUGCCCCCACUCGCUCUCCUUCAGGCCCAUCGUGGUGCCCGCGGGGGUCGAGCUCAUGAUCACCUUGUCUCCCGAUGCGAGGAACACGGCCUGGGUGUCGUUUGACGGCAGGAAGCGCCAGGAGAUCCAGCACGGAGACUGCAUCAAGAUCACUACGUCAUGUUACCCCGUGCCCUCGAUCUGCUGCCACGACCUGGUGUACGACUGGUUCGAGAGCCUCGCUCAGUGUCUGCACUGGAACGUCCGCAAGAGGCAGGAGCGCCUGGCCGACGUCUCCGACUCCUCCGACACAGAAAACUGAAGGGUUGAGUUAUUCUCUGUCACAUGUUUAAGUCUGCGCUCUCCAACACCACACAGGACCUUUAAGUUAGAGCAAGUGUGUCUAAAUACCAAAUCAGUGUUGAACAGUCCUUUGAAUAGCAUGUGUGUAUUCAGUAUUUUAUACAUUUGAGAAAGCAUCUCAUGACGUUCCAGUACAAACACCAUCUGUAAUUGCAUCUGCAGCUUACUGGAAGAAAGCAUGUUACUUACAUAGAAAUGGGAAAGCAAUACAAUCACUAAAAAGGUUGCAAUAUAUUUACAUCAUUAUUUGAUUAUUCAGUGUUUUGGACAUGGAGCAUUUCAUAUUGAAUGUAAUGGUUAGUUUCGAAGAUCCAGGCUUUACUGGCAUACGCUUGGGGGAUUAUGGGUAAAAAACAGCGAUAGAUUGAGAAAAAUGACUGCAAAUGUAAAUGUGUACAUACAAGAUUCAAGGAUACGUGUAUUUAAAGCCUUAUUUAUUUGAUAUUUAUAUAGAUGGGUGCUUGAAAACACUAAUCCUUCAUUUCUAUUACUGAGUCAGCCGAAGACUACAAUCACAUUUUACAAUUCAAAGACGACUUCCUGUUCAUUCUAACAGCAGCUUUUUACGUUUAAAUAAAUAUGUUGCUCUCUCAUCUUCUCUGCCCAAGUUCUACAGGUUAGAUUGCAUGUUGUAGAAGAAUACGAACUAAAAUGAGGUGAAGAAACUUCUGCCAGUCAUGUUUUCAUUUUCAUGAAGCUGUUACUGAAGGGGAAAUAAAGUUUAAACUCGUUUUGUUCUGUCGGCUCUUUGUGUACACCUGUACUAAAACUGCUCUAAUUCUUAUUAUUAGACAACGUGAAAAUAAAAUGAAGUACUAAAUGGUUCAAAAUAAAA